UCUACGCUGCUGAUCCGCCUCCGCUUGAGAUGGUUUCCUGUGGACGGGACUCUCGCUGCUGUCUUGGAUCCGCUUGAACUGAACUCUCGCGGCUGUGUUGGAGCCACUAUGGAUUGAACUUUCACAGUAUCAUGUUAGACCCGCUCGACAUCCAUUGCUUUCGGUCCCCUAGAGUGGGGGGGGUUGCCCACAUCUGAGGUCCUCUCCAAGGUUUCUCAUAGUCAGCAUUGUCACUGGCGUCCCACUGGAUGUGAAUUCUCCCUGCCCACUGGGUGUGAGUUUUCCUUGCCCUUUUGUGGGUUCUUCCGAGGAUGUUGUAGUCGUAAUGAUUUGUGCAGCCCUUUGAGACAUUUGUGAUUUGGGGCUAUAUAAAUAAACAUUGAUUGAUUGAUUGAUAAGUGACAUUUUAAAGCCCUCUAUUGCUCGCUUUGAAGACAUGUUUUUAAUAAGUGUGCUGAAGUUAUUAGAGGAACCUGCAAAGAAAAACCGCAGCAAAAGUGCAUUUCAUGGGGUGGGUUUAUUCUUGCAUGUCAAUAAGAUAAAGAGGAAGACAGUCACUCUUUCCUCUCGAUUUCUUUGAACGUCAUGACCACCUUCUCUUAGCGACCUGUGGACGCACACAUUUCUACUUCUUCACUUACUCCAGUAUGAGUCUGAAGACCGGGUUGGUGGUCCUCCUUCUCUGCAUGCCAGGGCUGCUCUGUGCUGAGUGGGGGGGGACCUACUCUGAGGAGGAGAUCUGUGCAAUUAAAGGAUCCACUGUGAAGAUUCAGUGCGACUUUAAGUUCCCGGCCACAGAAAACGGGCGUGAGAUCAAGGUCAAGGAUACAUUUUGGUUCACCAAAGAUCCAAAGAAAGAUCUGAGACUGGACCCUCAGUACUUUGGUGGUGUGCAGUCUGAGUGUCAUGGCAACAUCUGCAGUCUGACCAUCGCAGACGUGAGACGGAGUGACGAGUACACGUUCAGAUUCACAACUGACCAUUCCAGAGGAGACUUCAUCGUCAGGCCUGGUGUCAAUGUGACCGUCACUGAUCUGAAAGUACAAGUGCCAGAUCCCAGUCAUGGGGAUGUUCUGAAGUGUGUCAGCACCAAUUGCAGUACUUUGUCUACUUCUUCAUACGUCUGGUAUAAGAAUGGAGAGGAAAUCCAAGAUGCAAAGUCCCAAGAGUACACAGUAGAAGAGUAUGACUACGUAAACAGUUUCUCCUGUGCUGUGAGAGGACACGAGCAAGCUGUGUCUCCUCCAGAGUGUGUGGGGUACAGGUCAUGUAACAAGGUGGUUUACCACAAGAGACACAUCUGUGCCAUCCAAGGAUCAUCAGUGAACAUUACCUGUGAAUACAUGAGCUGUGAAAAUAUCCUGACACAAUUCUGGUUCCGCACAGAUUCUAGUCACCGGUGGAACCCCUUCUUUACUGAAGACCCUCACUAUGAAGUUCGUCUUGAUUUACCUUCUGAGACUUCUGGAAAAAGCACACUGAGAAUUAAAAAUGUGAGGCAGAAUGAUUCUGCUGAGUACCGCUUCAAAUUCACCACUCAUUCUGAAUGGAGUAGUAUUUCACCUGGAAGCACCUUGACAGUCGCAGCUGUGCAGGUGCAGGUGAUGUCAGUCAGAGUUGAAGAUUCUCACCUUGUUGCACAAAUGUUGUGUCAUACAAGCUGCCUUCUAGAAGCUCCUUUGUCUUUUGUGUGGCAGAAGAAUGGAGUGAAUAUAAAGUAUGGAACCAAAGUAGAAGUCACCUUGUCACCUGGAGACUACAUCACCUGUGCUGCACGACAACAUCAACAUAUCAGCAUCUCUCCUCGCCUGUAUGUCCUGAAAAGACCCUCAGUGUCUCUGAGUCCUAUUGGUGACAUAUUGGAGGGUCGUCCCCUGACACUGACCUGCGACAUCGACAACUUCGACUACUCCUCAGCAACAGUUGAUUACUGCUGGUACAAGAAGAAGAAUGUGUCUUCAGAUGAUGAAGUCCUCAGGAAAGGCCGACAACUGGUCUUCAAGCCCUUCAAGUCUUCAGACUCAGCAGAGUAUUGGUGUACUGUGGAGAACCAGCUGGGGAAGAAGACAUCAGAACCCGUCUUCAUUGACGUCCAAUAUGCUCCAAAGCGUCCGUACGUGUCCGUAGUUCAGUCCAACGAGUUGGCGGCUGGCAGUCUGGUGAAUCUGACCUGCAGCAGCGAUGCUAACCCGGCCGCUAGCUACACCUGGUACAAGGAGAACAUGUCGUCUCCUCUGGCAUCAGGUCAGACGCUGACCAUCAAAGACAUCAGUCCAGGUCAGACGCUGACCAUCAAAGACAUCAGUCCAGGUCAGAUGCUCGCCAUCAGGAACGUCACAGAGCAGGGUGGCCAUGAUUAUUACUGUGAGGCCAACAACAGCAGGGGGCGCCACAUCAUUGGUGUGCACGUGAGCGUGAACGGAAUGUCCUGUAGAACAAUAAACAUCAUCAGGCUGUUCUGUUCUGCUGUUGUGUUCGUGGGCAUCCUGAUCAUUCUGACUCUGGAAUUCAGGACGACGUCUCCCUCGUCCACCGCGGAUCCAAAUGAGCUCGUUGAGACUGUAGAGGAGCUGGACCCUGGCGACUAUGAGAAUAUCGAUGCAGAAGACUCCCUGUGACGGACAUCUUGACCAUGAACAACCAAAUUGUUUUAAAAUAUUCAAACAACAAAACCAACACAGUGCAUAAACUCACAACAAAUGAUACACCUGCAAAUCAGUGUGACUUCUGUUGUUGCGGUAUCCGUAAUACGCCGAUAGGGAGAAGUCGGGUGUGUAUUGACCUCCACCGAACCCCUGAGCCCGACUCACAGAACCCUUAGGGUUCGAUCAUCGAACCCAGGUUAAGAACCACUGCCUUAGAUAGCUCCUGCAGCUCUUUAAAAGAUGGCCUGUUAGUGCCCAACAGUUAAGUUAAAGUCCCAAUGAUUGUCACACACACACUAGGUGUGGUGAAAUUUGUCCUCUGCAUUUGACCCAUCCCUUUGUUCUCCCCUCACCUCCCAGGUGAGGGGAGAACAAAGGGCGCCUGGGAAUCAUGCACUGUGGACCUCAGAGGUAUGUGGGGUAGGAUGGGAGUAUAAACACAUUAACAACUUCUUCUAGCAGGGGCUUUGUCCACACUGGCUGACACCCAUAAUAGAAAAAAGAAGAGUAUUGUAAAAAUCUGGACACUUUGUUGAGUAGUGGAAUGUCUUGCAACGUUUGUAUACAAAGAUGAUGUUGCGGGUCAUUUUGUCCCGAACGCUUUACUGUGGGUAAAUAGCCAAAAUA